AUGCUCAACGGCCACGACGACGACGACCCGAUGGCCUCCGGCGCACUCUCCCCCGUCGCGCCGCUCAGCAACAGCGACGAUUCAGACAAUACGAUGCAGGUCGACUCCGAUGUAGACGUUGGCCGCAAUGUGGAUGCCGACGCCGACGGCGAGUAUGACGACGACGAUGCACAGAGCGUGCACGAGGCUAGCGGCCCCUCCUCCUCCUACCACAAUAAGCGAGUCGUGAAAGAUGAGGAGGAUUCAGGCUACGAAGAUGAAGCAGAAGCAGAAGAACCAAAUGACGAUGAGGAGGAGGACGCGUCGUACGCGGAUGAGGAGUAUGGUGCGCCCAAGAAGAAAGCACCCAAGAAGAAGAAGGCGCCGUCGAAACCGAAAGUCGCCCCUCGACCCUCAAUACCCGACUCGGAUUCGGAUUCUGACUACGGCGCGCGCUCGAAGAAGAAGAAGAAAACGCGAUCGGCGAACGACGAGAUACGCGUGUCGAGCAGAGGCGUCAAAAUCCCAAACUACGUCGACGACGCACAGGAUUUCGAGGACGACGAUGCAGACGCGCUCGCGUUGGCUGAAGCCACUGUUCCGGUCAAGGAGGAGGAUGAGAUCGAGAAUGUGCUCAGCCACUGUAGAGACGAGGGACACGAAGAGGAUGCGGAGGACGAUUGGUACAGCAAUAUCCGUUUCCACAUCAAAUGGAAGAACUUUUCCCAUCUACACAAUACGGAUGAGGUCUACGAGUUCUUGAAGCGCUUCAAGGGCCUCAAACGCGUCGACAACUACAUCAAGGCGUACAAGAUAGACCAGGAGCGUCUGAAGAACCCGAGACUCUCUAGGGAAGACCUAGAGACCAUACUCCUGCGGCGCGAACGCGACAAGGAGGAACUCGAGAUGCACAAGACGGUAGAGCGCGUGAUUGCCCAGCGCGACAACGAGCAGGCGGUCGUCGAGUACUUCUGCAAGUGGAACGGGCUCAACUACGAGCACUGCACAUGGGAGCUACAGGACGAGAUCCGACCUAUUGCGAAGGAGCAAAUCGACGCGUUCCGCAAACGCGAGGCGGAGGCGAAGUUCCCCUUCAAGAGUGCGGUAUAUCCGCGAUAUGGGCGUCCUGACUUCGAGAAGAUCAAGGAGGAUCCCCCGUAUAUAGUUGACACUGGCGGCGAGCUCAAGGAUUUCCAGCUUACGGGCCUAAACUGGCUGGCGUAUCUCUGGAGCAAGGGAGAGAACGGUAUCCUUGCAGAUGAGAUGGGUCUCGGCAAGACUGUGCAGUCAGUUUCAUUCCUGUCGUAUCUGUUCCACGAGCGACGGCAAUAUGGCCCUUUCCUUGUCAUCGUGCCCCUAUCCACAAUCACCGCUUGGCAGUCGCAGUUCGCGACGUGGGCACCCGACAUGCACGUGGUCGCGUAUAUCGGUGGUGCCGCCGCACGAUCUACCGCCCGCCAGUACGAGUUCGGGCCAUCGGCGAAGAAGCUCAAGAUGAACGUCCUGCUCACGACCUACGAGAUCACCCUCCGGGACGUGAAGGAACUCGGCGAGAUCAAGUGGCAGGUGCUCAUGGUGGACGAGGCGCACAGGCUCAAGAACUCGGAGAGCCAGCUAUAUGAGGCACUCAGCGGCUUCUCGGCUGCGUCCAAGGUUCUUAUCACGGGAACUCCCCUGCAGAAUAACGUGAAGGAACUUCUCUCGUUGAUGCACUUCCUCAUGCCCGAGAAGUUCCAGCUCACGAACGAGUUCGACCUCGCCGACGCUGAUCAUGAAGUGAAGAUCAAGGAGCUGCACAAGCAGCUCGAGUCCCUCAUGUUGCGCCGCCUCAAGCGCGACGUGUUGACCUCGCUGCCCACGAAGAGCGAGCGCAUCCUCCGCGUUGAGAUGUCGGCUCUGCAGACGCACUUCUACAAGAACAUUCUCACGAAGAACUUCCAAGCUCUGGUGAAGAGCGCCAACGGGAACAACAACAUCAGCCUGCUCAACAUCGCAAUGGAGCUGAAGAAGGCCGCGAACCAUCCUUACCUCUUCGACGGCGCCGAGGUUCGCACUGACAACUCUGACGAGAUCCUGAAGGGUCUCGUGAUGAGUAGCGGGAAGCUGGUCCUGCUCGACAAGCUACUUGCUCGGCUGCGUCAAGACGGCCACCGUGUCCUCAUCUUCAGCCAGAUGGUCCGGAUGCUCGACAUCCUCAGCGACUACAUGCAGAUGCGCGGGUAUCAACAUCAGCGCCUCGACGGCAUGGUAUCGUCGGACGCCCGCAAGAAGUCCAUUGCACACUUCAACUCCCCCGGCUCCCCCGACUUCGCGUUCCUUCUCUCCACGCGGGCCGGAGGGCUUGGGAUCAACCUGGAGACCGCCGAUACGGUCAUCAUCUUCGACAGCGACUGGAACCCGCAAAACGACCUGCAGGCGAUGGCACGUGCGCACCGUAUCGGCCAGAAAUCGCAUGUCAGCGUCUACCGUUUCGUGAGCAAGGACACCAUGGAGGAGGACGUUCUAGAGCGGGCGAAGAAGAAGAUGGUGCUCGAGUAUGCGAUCAUCAACCAGAUGGACACGUCCCAGGCGCACCUCAGCUCCAAAGGCGGGGCAAAGGACCCUGCGAAGGCGGAUGCGCUGAGCAAGGACGAGCUCCACGCGGUGCUCAAGUACGGGGCGCAGAAAAUCUUCGACAAGGAUGACACCCAGCAGAGCAAGAAGCUCGAUGAAAUGGACCUCGACGACAUCCUCAACCGCGCAGAGCACCACGAGACCGUCGCUGCACAGAACGAGGGCGCGUCCCUUGGUGGAGAGGGCUUCCUCGAGCAAUUCGCGAACAUCAGCGACGUUAAGAACGACAUGAACUGGGAGGACAUCAUCCCGGCCGAGGAGCGCCACCGCUUCGAGGAGGACGAGCGCAAGGCGGAGGAGCUCGCCGCAGUGGAGACCAAGGACCGCAAGCGGACACAUGCACCCGUGUCAUAUGAAGGUAUGGACGUCGAGCACUCAUCAUCGGCACCCCCUGCGAAGAAGGCGCGCCAUCCCCCACCGCAGCGGAAGACGCCAAGCCAGAAGGCGAUGGAGCUCAAGGAGCGGGACGUCCGUGUGCUCGUCCGGAGUUUGCAGAAGUGGGGCGAUAUCCGGCAGCGAUACGACAUCAUCGUCAACGAGGCGAAGCUGCAGGACAAGAACCGCGGCAUGAUCCAGGACACGUCGGACGACAUUAUCGACCUCUGCGUAAAGGCGGUCGAGGAGAACAACGCGGAGAAGCGUGCGCGCAUCGAGGCGGGCGAGACCCUCACGAACGCGCAGAAGAGCAAAGCCGUGCUCGUCACCUACCGUGGCGUGAACAACAUCAACGCGGAGACGGUCCUCUCUCGACACCGCGACUUGCAGAUCCUCUUCAAGUACCUCGACCCCAUCUCUCAGGACGACAUGUACACCUGGACAAUACCGAUCGACAACAUUCGCCCGACGCUUAAUUGGUCGGGGCGGUGGGGUCCCCAGGAAGACUCGAUGCUGCUCGUCGGCGCAUACAAGUACGGGUUCGGCAACUGGGAGGCGAUGGCGAAGGACCCGCGGCUAGGGCUCGAGGGCAAGUUCUUCCUGGAGGAGGGCAAGAAGGGCGAGGACGCGGCGAGCAAGCCAAUACCAAACGCCAUUCAUCUCGUGCGGCGGGGCGACUACCUGCUUGGGAUCUUGCGGGAACACGACGAGAAGAUUCGUGCUAUCGAAUCGACGCUCUCUACGCGGCAUAACAGGCACUCGUCCAAGACAUCGUUGUCGCCACCACCGCCGGUCGCGUCGACGUCGUACACGAGCGCGGUUCGAAAGCGGGCGGAGAGCGAGGCAGUCGCAUCGGUGGAUGAGGGGAGCAGUAGGAAGCGGAAACGGAGGCCAACGCCGACCUUCACGGACUCGUCUUCGUCGGAUGAGUGCCCAUCUAUGGACGAAGCAGCGACGAAGGAGGAGCUCCGGCCGGUGAAGAAGCAGCUGAAAAACCUCAAGCUUUCCGGCGGUGACAUGCCGAGGGAAGACAAGGUGGCCAUCCUCAAGGAGUCCCUCGCUGCCAUCGGCAAGCGUAUAGAGGUGGUUCUGCAACAGAAAGAGGCGGCAGGCGAGGAUCGAACCAAGUGGCGACGACACUUGUGGACGUUCGUUACUCUGUUUUGGCCAAAGAAGGUCAAGGCAGGGAAACUUGAAGAGAUCCAUGCGAAGAUGGUCAUGAAGGAGAGCGCGCCGCGGGCGUCGUCGAGCGACGCUACAUCCGCUGCGAAGAAGCCCCGACUCAGCACAGGUGCAGCUAGUCGAAGCGGGGCCCCCUCUCUACCAUCAGCAUCGACAACCUCGUCGCACACAAAUGGGAAGUACCGGUGA